UGUCCGCGUUUUUUAGUCUUGCAUUUUUUUCUAUUUUAUUCUGUGGAACUCUUGCAAAAACCAACGCAACUAACAACCAGACUGAAAUAUUGGAAGCAUGGAUAAAAUUGGACAAUACUCUAAAACGAGCAGCACAGUCUGUAAUAAAAUAUUUGAUGCCCAUGAUCUUGGAAUCUUCAAGUGAAGUGAAUUUAACUUCUCAGUGUAUACAGCAGAGUUUUCAGCUAGUGACUGGCUUGAGAAGUCUUAAAAAAUGGGCCUUCAGUUUUGUUGAUUCAAGUGCAAAGCUGUCCGAUGGACUCCUGAGCGGUUCGUUUUCUUCUUUUGGAGAAUAUGACCAGUGCUUGGAAACUGUUGUUCCUCACGCAAAGAAGAAGGAUGAGAUCCAGUUUCUAGGUCAAUACUGCAUGGUUGAAAUGACUCUUCCUUUGCCACCCAAGACUAGAAGAUACAGAAUAUACGACCAGUUGGAAGAGCUACGGAACUUCACUGGAACGGAAGUUGUGAAAUUUCUGACAACGAGAGCUCAUCUUAUGUAUUACUUUCCUAUCAAAAUGGGAGCUUGCAUUCCAUCUGGAUGCACCAAAUAGGAUUUAAAUAAUAUAUUGUCUUAUGGUAAUCGAUUCAAUUUAAUUUAUAUCAUAUUUUCAUAUAUGAUUAUAUAUUAUCAAUUUACUUGUUAAUUUUUUAACUCACUAUAUUUCCUCAGCUGCUUCCAAA